UAGAAAAAGCAGCCAAGACAAGCGAAUUGGGCUAUUGAACGGCCUGAGGUGGUGUCCCGCAAGAAAAAGAAACUGCCCCUGCUCAACGGGGGGAUGGUCAUGGAAAUCCUCACAAGAUUCAAAAUGGAGCGGCCGUGCUCCGUUUUCCAUGUAAGCACUGGGGACAUCUCGAAGCUCAUCGUCUCUUCCACCUUCCGCACAGUCCAGUUGUGGGCGACAAGGACUGUCACCCCUCCAUCACACUCAUCGGGGCCGUAGUAUGGAGGCACGACCUCCUACGAUGCCUGCGGCAGGCGACAAAGUCGUGAUAUUCCCGCUUGAGAGGCAGGUUCAGGUCUCAGUGGUGGCGGUCUCCGUCGCCUUCAUCAUCAUACCGACUAUCAUGGUCACCCUGCGCCUCAUCUCAAGGCGCAUAGCGAAUCGGGUCAUAAAUGGGAGCGAUUGGUGUAUUAUCGCAGCCUGUGUCUUCUCCAACGCUCUCCAAGCCGUCUCGAUUGUCAGCGUGGUGCAAUGCGGCGUUGGUUUUAGCAACGCCGAUGUCGUCCCCAAGUACGGCUUCGGACCGAUCAUCAAAUUUCUCAAGGUCCUUCUCGCCCAGCAGAUUCUUUGGGCGAUUAGUCUCAGUCUCUGCAAGAUCGCCAUCCUUCUCCUCUACUCUAAGAUCUUCACGACGCAUGCGAUGGCCAUGGCAGCAAGGAUCAUGACUGGCUUCACUGCUUUAUGGACCGUGGCCACCAUUCUCGUGGCGUUCUUAAUCUGCCGCCCUCUAUCAGACAACUGGCUUCUCGACCUCAAGAGCCGCAACUGCGGAAACCAGCCGGCGGCCGACGGGACAAUGGGGGUCUUGAACAUGAUUACCGACAUUGCUGUUCUCAUCAUGCCAAUUCCACACCUGUGGAAGCUGCGCCUUGAGACGUAUAAAAAGGUCGCUCUCAUCGUGACGUUUUCUCUCGGGGUCUUUACGUGCGUCGUAUCAGCUUUGCGACUGUACUAUCUUGCCAACCUUGGGUACUACGACAUUAUAUUCAACAUCCCCAGCGCCCUCAUCUUCAGCACCCUUGAGCCCGGCGUCGGCAUCACACUGGCCUGCAUUCCGUUUCUUCGGCCUUUGUUGGGCCGUUCCACGUACUCGCCCAAGGGCACUGCGAAUUACUGCAGCUCCAGUGGACAUACUGCGAGACUGGGCCUGGGCGACCGAGAAAUGAACGGAUUCGUUCUCGUCAGUAACGACUCGUCUCAAUACCCGCUCCAGGAGUACGAUAAAAAAAAGCCAGAUACCAGAGAUCCCUGGCGAUUGUUUGUAUAGCAGGGAUGAUAGUGCUUAACGGUUAUUAUAACAUAAACACGGGGUUGAAUAUUAUGCUCACUUGAUGUCUAUUGUUUCCUAGUGAUGCAAUGAGCCAACAUUGUACGAUAAACUAACGUAAAAGUG